AAGCGGAAGGCUGCCGAGCCGUCGACCUCGUCCGCCCCGAACAAGAGGAUCUCAGCUGCAGCAUCAGUGACUCGGCCACCAGCACCACCGACCCCAAACACGAUGGACUCCGAAGACGAGUUCAUGUCGGCCAUUUCUAGCGGUGACGAGGACGUCAUGAGCGACAAUGAAGACAUUUCGGGGGCCGAAGAUUUCGACUCCGAACUCGAUGCAGACCUUGACGUCGAUCUUGCCAAAGAUCCCCCGAAGCGAAGAGCCGCACAUGACAUCACAUUCAGCGUCUACAGCCCCGAAGACCUGAGGAAGCAGCAGGAUGACUUAAUCGACGAGGUCAACAUGAUUUUGGAGAUGCGAAAGGAGGAUGCAGCCAUCCUGUUAAGGCACUUUAGGUGGAACAGGGAGAGGCUAAUCGAGGAGUACAUGGACAACCGAAAGAAAGUCCUGGAAGUCGCCGGCUUGGGGCCUAAUGUUGGAGGUGGUCCGCAACUACAAGUCAUCCCUGGUUUCUGCUGCGAUAUUUGCUGCGAGGACGAGGAAGGGCUGCAGUCAUUUGCCAUGAAGUGUGGCCAUCGAUACUGCGUGGACUGCUAUCGCCAAUAUUUAACGCAAAAGAUUAGGGAAGAAGGGGAAGCGGCGCGCAUCCAGUGUCCCAGUGAAGGCUGCCACCGCAUUAUCGACGCCAAAUCGCUUGAUCUAUUGGUCACGUCAGACCUCAAAGAGCGGUACCACGUGCUGCUACAGCGAACUUAUGUUGAGGACAAGGAUACGCUUAAAUGGUGUCCCGGGCCUGACUGCCAAAACGCUAUCGAUUGCUCUAUCAAAAAGAAAGACCUCCACCGGGUUGUUCCAACGGUGACGUGCAACUGCAAGAUGCGGUUCUGCUUCGGAUGCACCCUCAACGACCAUCAGCCGGCGCCAUGCGAGUUGGUCAAGAUGUGGCUCAAGAAAUGCGCAGACGACUCGGAGACGGCCAACUGGAUCAGUGCAAACACCAAGGAGUGCCCCAAGUGCAACUCGACCAUAGAGAAGAAUGGCGGCUGCAACCACAUGACGUGCAGGAAAUGUAGGCACGAGUUCUGCUGGAUGUGUAUGGGCAUUUGGUCUGAGCACGGCACGAGCUGGUACAACUGCAAUCGUUUCGAGGAGAAGAGUGGGACGGAUGCUAGGGAUGCCCAGGCCAAAUCGAGGCUGUCGCUUGAACGUUACCUACACUAUUACAACCGAUACGCAAACCACGAACAGUCUGCUCGGCUCGACAAGGACAUUUACCACAAGACGGAAAAGAAGAUGACCAUGUUGCAGACAGCCUCGGGUAUGUCUUGGAUCGAAGUUCAGUACCUUGAGGCCGCGUCGCAGGCAUUGCAAACGUGCCGUCAGACUCUGAAGUGGACUUAUGCCUUUGCAUUUUACCUGUCACGGAACCAUCUUACAACGAUUUUCGAGGACAACCAGAAGGACCUCGAAAUGGCGGUCGAAGCUUUGUCGGAGAUGUUUGAAAAGCCCGUGGCUGAACUGGCCGAUUCUAAGCAAAAAGUCGAGAUAAUGGACAAGACCGCUUACUGCAACCGGCGACGGGUCAUUCUUCUCGAGGAUACAGCCGAGAAUCUAGCAAAUGGCCAAUGGAGCUUUAACGUGGACAUUGGGUCGUCUGCCGGCACUGGCAGGCGCUAG